AUGGCACUCACUGACCUCACAGAACUGUACAGCAGUGAACUCUCUUCCAUUAUGGACUCGCUCGUACCACUCAGAACCCGCACAAUCACCAUCAGACCAGAAUCUGAGUGGUACAACAGCUCUAUCAGAGAGGCGAAGCAGAGACGCAGACAAGCUGAGAGACUGUGGCUCAAAUCAGGACUCAUGAAAAUUACACGAAUUCGCAGCUCCAUUGCAUGUGACAAUCACAAUCCACUUGUUGACCCACCAGCACUCGGCGAUGAAACUAAACUUAGCCAUUUCCAACAUGUUGCUGUGGAUGAGGUCACAAAGUUGAUUAGGUCAUCUGUCAACAAGAGCUGUGAACAGAACCCUAUGCCUACAUCCCUUGUGAAGCAAGAAGUCACAGCUCUUGCUUCCGUCACCAUUUCUAUCAUAAAUAAGUCACUUGAGAGUGGUUCAUUCCCAACAUCUUUCAAAGGAGCUAUUGUGACACUACUUCUGAAAAAGGCUUCACUGGACCCUGACAUACCAAAGAACUACCGGCCAGUGUCUAACCUUGCAUAUCUAUCCAAGUUGAUUGAGAAGGUUGUAGCAGCACAGAUACAAACCUACCUCAGUGAAAUCAAUCUACUGGAGCCAUUCCAAAGUGCUUACCGUCAGGGGCAUAGUACUGAGACGACACUUCUGCGAGUUCACAACGAUGUGGUUUGUGCCAUUGGAGAGCAGAAGGCUGUCCUGCUAGUGCAAUUGGACCUAUCGGCUUCCCUUUACAUUGUAGAUCAUUCACGCUUGCUGCAAAUACUCAAGGACCUUGGAAUUAAGGACACUGUGCUCAUGUGGUUCGCGUCCUAUCUGACCAAUCGGACCCAGAUUGUCAAAGUGAAGGGAGCGAAGUCUGGUGCCACUGAGUUGGGCUGCGGUGUCCCUCCGAGAUCGGUCCUCGGGCCCGUUCUGUUCCAUCUACACAGCAUCCCUGGGGGCCCUUCUCAGAAAGAUCAAUGGCUUGUACCACAUGCAUGCUGA